UCGAGAAAAUCGGCUCGUAUUUCUCGUCGCUCACACAAAACUCUGCGAUAAUGUAAAAAAGUGAUUAAUAGUCAUAUAUUUUCGAUUUUGCGAUUAUACAAGUGUUUAACAGCGCCAUUCGUAGUUGAAGUGAUAGUCGGUGACGCACGUUACUUAAUCACCUUAUUCCUACUUUAUUUUUUUUUAAUUUAGUUGCGGAAAUAACGGAAGUGUUAUUCUAGAAAAUUUGCGAUAGGUUUAAUUAAUAUUUCCGUGAAUGAUACCGAUGUACUCGUUUCGCAAAACUCGAUUUUACGUUGCGUCGCUUUCUCUAAAGUUGCGCUACAUUACACGUGUGUAUGUUACACGUGUACAGAAUAUUACUUAGCGCACAGUAAUUCGCAUGGAAUUACAUAUCUCAUUGAUAUUCAAGGUAACGCAUACAGUGUUAUUCAACUUGUCUCCAAUUGUCGUUUAUAAUACAUUAUAUUAACUAUUAAACAUGCACAAAAUUGAAAAAUUCAACGUGAUAAUUCAACGAUCGUGAGGAAAAUCGAAGCAAUAUAGUGUGACUGGCAGUGUGAAACGAAAGCGUGCCUUAUCGACAUUAAAUACAAUAACAAGAUACCAGAUAAUAAAGAAGAAAUUCUAGAAAAACUCUACAGAAUCAUAACGUCUGAAAACCAGUAACAAUAGAAGAUGUCAAUCGUUUCGUUCGUAAAUUGUUGCGUUAUCGUACUAUUGAUAAUCGCAAACAAAGCCUUCGCAAAUCCCAUUUUACGGAAGGAUGAAGAAUUCACCAUUAGAAUUGUUCACACAAAUGACAUGCAUGCGAGAUUCGAGGAGACGUCGCAAUUGUCGACGGCGUGUACGCCAGCGGAUUCCAAAGCUGGGAAAUGUUACGGAGGUUUCGCCAGAAUUGCUACUCUGGUCCGUCAAGCGAAAUCGGAUUCACCUUCAACGAUUUUCCUGAACGCCGGCGAUACUUAUCAAGGAACCGCGUGGUACAACGUAUACAAGUGGAAGGCGGUUUCUUGGUUUAUGAACCUCUUGGCGCCAGACGCUAUAAGCUUGGGCAACCACGAGUUCGAUGACGGUGUUGAAGGUUUAAUACCUUUUAUACAAAAUGCCACAUAUCCCAUCUUGACAACAAAUCUGGACCUCAGCGAGCAGCCGAACCUAGCCGCCACCAAUCUGAAAAACAGCACGAUUCUCAUAGUGAAUGGCAAAAAGAUCGGCGUAAUCGGUUAUCUGACGCCCGACACGAAGAUCUUGUCAAGUACAGAAAAAGUAAUUUUCAAAGAUGAAGUGGAGUGUAUCCGAAAAGAAGUUAAGAAGUUAAAGGAACAGGGUGUCGACAUUCUCAUCGCUCUGGGUCACUCGGGAUUUGAGACCGAUAAGAAGAUCGCCCGGGAAGUCGAAGAUAUUGAUUUGGUAAUCGGAGGUCAUACGAAUACCUUUCUGUAUCGCGGUAAAUCGCCAGAUGUCGAGGUACCGGAAGGUUUUUAUCCUACAGAAGUAAUGCAGAAAAGCGGCAGAAAAGUUUAUGUCGUACAGGCAUACGCUUACACUAAAUAUUUAGGAAAUUUCUUCGCAAGUUUUGAUAUUAAAGGAGAGGUAACGCAUAUAGAAGGAAAUCCGAUUCUCGUGGACGCCAACGUGAAACAGGCGGAAGAUGUAGUACGAAUGAUAAAUGACAAAAGAGAACUCAUCGACCAGUUGCAACAGCAAGUGAUUGGAAAAACACGAGUACUUCUGGAUGGAGAUAGUAAGAAUUGUAGACGGCAAGAAUGCAAUAUGGGAAAUUUAAUUUGCGAUGCUAUAAUCGAUUACUACGCCGGAGAACAUAUUAAUAAGGAAGGAUGGACAGAUACCGCCAUCGCAGUGCAGAAUAGUGGCAGCAUUAGAUCGUCCAUCACCAGAGCCAGAAACGAUCAGGUCACUCGAGGAGAUAUCAUAAGUGUCUUGCCCUUCGGAAAUGUCGUCGUCAAAGCUUCCAUGACAGGAGAACAAAUUCUUUCAAUGCUGGAGUGGAGCGUUCAUAACAUCGACAACAUAACUUCUACUGGAAAUUUAUUCGGUGCUUAUUUGCAAUAUUCAGGAUUGCAGGUGGUUUACGACGUGAAUCGACCACGGAACUCAAGGGUAGUUUCAGUCCAUGUUCAAUGCGCAGCUUGCCGAAUACCAACGUACAGUGAACUCCAAAAGAAUACCACUUACAACGUGUUCAUAAACGAUUUCCUUGCAAAAGGCGGAGAUGGUUUUCACAUGCUGGAAGGUCUUCAAACAACCUCUCUCGGUAUCACUACGGAGCAGGUAUUGGAACAAUAUUUUCAAAAACAUAGUCCUGUAUAUCCAGGAGUGGAGUGGCGGAUUACGUACAAAAGCGGCGAGAAUUUUGAAAGUUUAAGUAGUAAUCUUGGAACAACGCAUCGAUCAGUUGAAUUGACGACUCUUUUAACAAUCACUACUUGGUUGUCGUUGACACAAUAAUAUAUACUAUCUCAACUUAAAUAACUAUAAAUAGGCGAUCAUAUAUCAAAUUUUUUAAUUUAAUGUUGUAUUUUACAAUUUUACACUACCUCAAUAUUAUUUGCAAUUUAUAUCGUUUUUAUAUCUUCCUUCAAUUGCAUACGUAACAGAAUGAAAAGAUACAUGAGGAAAUAAUACUCACAUAGGACAAGAAAAGGAAAAUAUAAACGCACAGUAUUGUCUGUCGUAACUUUAAUCUUUUAAAAAUAUAACACAUAUGUCAAAAAAUUACAUUUAAUG